CAUAUGAAGUAGGAGCGUGUCUAAGUCAUGUCAUGGAAGAUGGCACUGAACGCCCAGUCGCAUUUGCAUCACGAACACUAGCUCCAGCUGAGAAGAAUUAUGCUCACUUAGAAAAAGAGGCCCUAGCCUUGAUUUAUGGAGUAAGAAACUUCCAUAAAUACCUGAUGGGAAGGAAAUUCACGCUAGUAAUUGAUCAUCGACCGCUACUGAGAAUUCUAGGAGCUAAGGAAGCAGUUCCUACGCUAGCAGCUGCAUGACUGCAGCGCUGGGCACUCAUAUUAAGUGCGUACAGCUAUGAGCUAGAAUACAGGCCAGGGCAGGAUAACAAGGAAGCUGAUGUAUUGUCUCGACUUCCUAUACCAGUAGAAGUGAUUAAUCCAAAUGAACAUAUCAUUGGAGUGGAUUAUUGUGAACCAUUGCCCAUGACUGCCAAAGAGAUUGCAAAGGCAACCCAAUUGAAUGUGGUGACAAGGAGAGCAUAACAAUAUACUCGAUACGGAUGGACUACCAGAGAUGUAGACCAAUCCUUACAACCAUUUGCUAAACGUGCUAAUGAGUUAUCGAUUGAAGGAGGCUGCUUAUUGUGGGGCAGCAGAGUUAUCAUCCCAGAGGAAUUGAGAAAGACCGUAUUAGCGCAGAUACAUGAGGCAAUGGAAUCAAGCAUCAACUGACUCCACCUUACCAUCCUGCAUUUAAUGGACAGGUAGAGCAAAUGGUACAAGAGUUGAAAAGGAGCUUGAAGGAUCGACCAGCGGGAAGAUCGAUAAGUCAUCAAGUGUCUUCGUUCCUUCUACACUAUUCUACGACUCCACAUACUUCAACAGACAAAACUCCUGCCGAACUGUUGAUCAAACGAAUACCAAGAACCAAGUUAUCUUUGUUGCGCCCAGAGGUAAGUGACAUUGACAGAGAUGAGCAGAGAAUCAAGUUCGAGGAAGCUACCAAACGAUCAAGACAACUGGAUCCUGGUUGUAAAGUCAGUGUGUGGAAUCCGCGUCAAGAUAGUCGUGUUAGGUGCUUGGUGGGAACCGUUGAACAACAGCUAGGACCAACCAACUAUUUAGUGAAUGUGGAAGGACAUUGCAGGUACGUGCAUAUAGACCAAAUGCGUUGGAGAGAUCAACGGAGUGUACCAGAAACAGCUGAUGUAAGUGUACCAGAGAUAGAGGUGGAAGAGAUACCAGUACCAGUCAUUCCUGUAAAAGAGACAGGACAAGUAGUUCAAUCUAAUCAACACAAGGACCAAGAUGAGGAGUCUACCUUGAUCUUCAAGUAAAUGUUAUCACCUCCAGAAGACCACGAGAUUGAGACUCCCAGACGAUAUCCAAAGAGACAAAACAGACAACCACCAGCAAGAUAUCGUGAACAAUAGAUAAGGACAGACUAAGGAAUGGAGAGUGUGGUAUAGCGAGCAUGCGCUUUAGGUGUGACUGCGGUUUGCGUACGUGUUAUAUUAGUCUAGCGUAAACUAGCGUUGAGUGCACUUGUGCAGUAGAGUACGUGUCGUUCACUGUAGCAGAAUAGAUUCUGGUAU